AUGGCAAUGAACGUUCAGAUCCAGGCUGCCUGCCUCCUGCUCCUCCUCCUCACCAGCCUGACCAGUGGCUCGGUUCUCCCCCACCAGACAAGGCAGCUUGCAGACCCCCAGGCCCGGGACUCAGCUGAAGCCAAGGCCAGCUUGAUGCCUGCGAUCCAGAAGCGAAGGAGCCGAGACACCCACUUCCCCAUCUGCGUGUUCUGCUGUGGCUGCUGUCAUAAAUCAAAUUGUGGGAUGUGUUGCAAGGCGUAG